CACCCAGACCCGGCAGCCUCCGACGCCAGCGCCCUGCAUAUGCUCGUCUACAGCUACCUCCUGCACAACAACUGCGGACGCACCGCCAAGGCCUUUGCGCGGACGUGCGGCCUGGCGACCUCUGGGCGCCUGACGAGUCCAUCGGCGCCCGAGCACCUGUCGCAGCUGUUCAAUGCAACCGGCGAGGAGGUGGAGGUUUCGGAGGAGCCGACAACAAAGGGCAAGAGGAAGGAUUCGGGCAUGCCCAAGGAGGAUGUGGUGGGGGACGAGACUGAGAGGGCAAACGAGCUUAUCGAUAACCACAUCGAGUAUCUGCAUAUCAGGCAAGGUAAAGGCUGCCAUUUCUCCAUUGCAUCUUGUUAGUCAGCUGAAAGCCUGCCAUUUCAUCAGGGAGUCAUGCGCUGAAAGGAAUUCUUGGUUGUUGCAUGUAGGAAUCUGCCAUAGUAUUGAGACGGGCGAGCCCGAGGUGGCCCUGGACCUGCUGUCGCAGUACUUCCGCACCGUGCUCAUUCCCGCGCCCUCCGACCACCUGCCCGUGCACAAUCUGCCGCUGCGACGCGAGUUCAACGCGACAUUGCUGCGAUUCCGCCUGGACACCCAGUACUACGUUGAGCUGGUGUCGAACCAGCAGGAGCUGGAUGCGCUAAAGUUCGGCCAGCGGACGCUCUGGCGGUACCCGGAGAUCUUCGACAUGUGGCUGGCGAACACCCUGCUGUUUGCGUCCUCCGGCAACGUGUCAGCCCCCGACCAGGUGGUGCCGCGCGACGAGCUGAAGCAGAAGAAGAACGAGAUCAUGGAGCACAUCACAAACGUGGCCGCGCUGGUUGCAUACCCGGACCCGUCCAAGAGCUCGCUGGCGUUUCUGCUGAGCCAGUCGCGCCGCAAGGAGCUGGCCGCCGAUGUCAACGCCGCCAUUCUGCAGAGCAUGCGGUUCCCGAAGGAGCCGGCCAUGGUGACUAUUGUGCGACAGCUGGCCACCACCAGCGCAUAUCUGGUCGGCGGCAGGGCGUCGAUGCAGAGCAGCGGCGAGGAGGCGCGGAAGCCGUGGCGGCUGGGCACCUUUGUCAACUCCGAGGCAGAUAGCACCCAGCUGGUCGACAGCAGUGUCUAGCAUACCUUCACUUGUUUGCCUGUAAUUUUUCUUGCUUCAAUAUACUGCUGCUGACAUCUUGGCACAUGGCGUAUUGGCAAGUGCGAUGUGUGCCGUUUUGAGGCACGCAGGCUGUGUUGGGUGCCCUGCUGUCCGCCAGGACAAAAGGGGCUACAGUUUUUGGGAAAUCUGGGUAUGCGGCUUUGGGGCGACUA